AUGGAAGUACUGCGUCGAAUUGGGCGUUGUCUGAUACCCAGAGCCCCGUCACCUCCCAGAGUCCUCAAAGAGGGCGAAUUUACUGUCUUAGACCCGGCCGUGAAACUGGAAGAGGAGAAUAUGCCGGCAUUUGAUCAACACGCAUAUUAUCCUGUUCGUUUUGGCGAAGUAUUCAACGAAAGAUACCAGGUGUUAAGCAAGCUUGGCUAUGGGACCAAUUCUACUGUUUGGUUCUGUCGAGAUCUACUCGAGCACCAGUAUUCAGCUGUGAAGGUUUAUACCCACAAUACCAACUCGCAACGUGAAGUAAAGGUGCUGGAGCAGAUAGCAUCGACAAAAUCGCAGCAUCCAGGAAAAGCGAAGAUCCGGAAUGCCUUGGACUCGUUUGAGAUUGACGGGCCGCGUGGCCGGCACCAGUGCCUUGUUCAGGAACCGCUGUUAAUGAACUUUCAGCAACUGCAGUACUCGUUUAAACACCGUACUAUCAGCGAGGAUAUGCUCAAGAUCCUGCUGCGGGAACUCUUUGUGGCGCUUGACUACUUGCAUACGGAAGCUCAUGUGGUUCAUACUGAUAUACAAUCGGGAAACAUCAUGCUUGUUUCUUUAGAUUCAUCUAUUUUCGAUGAAUGGGACACACUUGAGCAAGAAGAGCCCAGCCCCCGCAAGAUUAUUGAAGGUCAUACCAUUUACAAAUCACGGACAUUUCAGCGGCAGGAUGACUAUCGAUCUGUAGGUCCCCCCUUACUUUCAGACUUCGGGGAAGCGCGUGCCGGCUGUAGAGAGUAUAGUGGCUUGAUCCAGCCAAACCAGUAUCGAGCUCCCGAGGUGGUAUUAGGGAUGAAGUGGACAUCGAAGGUAGAUAUUUGGAAUGUGGGAGCCAUGAUAUCGAGUGUUUUGGAAAAUAAUUUCCUAUUCAAGGGCACGGGCCCGGAUGGCGAGCAUUCUGAUGCCCACCUUCUCGCAGAAAUGAUAUCCGUAAUUGGGCCACCGCCUAUCAAAUUUCUUGAAAAAAGCGAGAAAAGUUGGCAGUAUUGGACCACAGACGGAGACUGGAGAAGUCUCGCCCCCAUUCCCCCGCGCCCCAUAGGGUUAUCAGAAGCACAGGACAGGAACCAGGAGCUUUUCGUGCAGUUUUUGUGGAAAAUGCUGGCUUGGGUGCCCGAGGAGCGGCGCUGCGCGAAGGAGCUCCUGCAGGACGAGUGGCUCAACAGCAAGCCAAUGAGCGUCCGGCAAUAG